AUGAAUGCAGAUGCAAAUGGUAUCCAAGCUGAACCCGUCUCGGAAGAGAACAAAAUAAAAGCCGAGGAAGCGAAAGAGGCUGCAAAUAAACUAUUUAAUGCAAAGAAUUAUGAGGCUGCAAUAGCCAAGUAUACGGAAGCAAUUGACUUGAAUCCAAAUGCUGCACAGUAUUACGCCAAUCGAUCUUUUGCUCAUAUAAAGACUGAAGCAUAUGGUUUUGCUGUCGAAGAUGCAGAACGUGCUGUCAAAGCCGAUCCAACUUAUGUUAAGGGUUAUUAUCGAAGAGCAGCAGCAAAUAUGGCGUUAUGCAGAUUUAAAGAUGCACUUCAGGAUUUUCGAAUAGUAUCGAAAAAAAAUCCGAGCGACAAAGAUGUAAAAACCAAAUUAACAGAAUGCAAGAAGAUUGUGCAGAAAAUUGAAUUUGAAAAAGCCAUUGAGGUAGAUUCACCCCAGAAAAAUAUUGCGGAAACGAUAGAUAUAAAUGCGUUCUCUGUGGAUUCAUUUUACGAUGGGCCAAAACUUGCGAACGGACAGGUUACGAAGGAAUUUAUUGAAGAGAUGAUGGAAUGCUUUAAAAAUCAAAAAAAGAUUCAUCGUAAAUACGCAUUUCAAGUAUGUAAAUACAUCUCCUUUAUUUAUAAAACAUGUUCUUGUAAAAAUAUGAGAAUUAAUGAAAGGGUUGAAACAGAUAAUUUUGACCGUGCGGAAAAUGAUGUUAGAAUUACCAUCGUUGGUGGACAUAAAUAUACCUCAAAAUUGCAAAUUAACUGUCAAUUCUAUGAUUUUCUCAAUAUUUUUAAGAUCAAUGGAUUACCAUCUGAAGAGAACAUGUAUCUUUUCAAUGGUGAUUUUGUUGAUCGUGGAUCAUUUAGCGUUGAGGUUAUACUGACUUUGUUCGCUUUUAAAUGGUUAUACCCGACUUCUGUCUAUUUGACGAGAGGCAACCAUGAGACGGAUGAUAUGAACAAGGUUUAUGGAUUUGAAGGGGAGGUUAAGGCUAAAUAUACUGAACAGAUGUUUGAAUUAUUUUCCGAGACAUUUACUGCCCUCCCACUUGCACAUCUUAUCAACCAAAAAAUCUUGGUAGUUCAUGGUGGAUUAUUCAGCAAAGAUGAUGUCACACUAGAUGAUAUUAGAAAUAUUGAUAGAAUUGACAAGAAACAACCUGAACAUGGAAGCUUAAUGUGUGAACUCCUGUGGUCUGAUCCGCAACCACUCCCGGGACGUGGCCCAAGUAAACGAGGCGUUGGAAUACAAUUUGGACCUGAUGUCACUGAAAAGUUCUUGAAACGUAAUAAUAUUGUCACGAGGUCAAAGAAAAUGGUUAUGUGGUCGAACAUAACGGCAAAUGCAUUACUGUAUUCUCCGCCCCCAAUUACUGGAGCAUUAAUUAAUAUUACGCCAGACUUACAGUUAGCUUAUAAAACAUUUGAAGCAGUGCCCCAUCCCAAUGUUCGGCCUAUGGCUUAUGCGAGCCAAUUUGGUGGUUUAUUUACUUAA